CAAUGGAAGCGAAGGGUCGGUGGUGACAUCAAUGUCGAGCAGGGCUGAGUAACAUGACGACUACGUCACCAGAAGACGCCGCGGCGAAGAGUGGUUGUUGGGAUAGAGGUAAGACUCCGUUCCGACUUGCGGACUCGUCCACCUCCACGCGAAGCUCAGCGACGACGGCAAGAAAGUCUGGUCAUCCGAUCGUGAAGAGCUGCAUUCACUACCACAAUCUCAUUCACCAGCCAUGGCCGCUAAACGCCUCAACAAGAGGCAGGCAAGAGAACAGCAGGAGCUCAGUGAGCUAGCUGCUGUCAAGCCGGCACCGACAGAGGAAGAAGAGCCUGAGCAAGAGGAGGAAGAGGAGGAAGGGGAAAAGCCACAAGCACCGGCCGCUCAGUCCAUCUUUGCUGCGCUCAACGCCGGAGAGGAUGGUGCUGGCAGUGAGGAGGAGGAGGACGACGAGGAGGGCGGCGAUGAGGAGCAGGUCGCCGAUACGAAGCCCGCUGCCUCCAAAAAGAAGAAGAACAAGAAGAAGAAAAAGAAGAGCAAGGCGAAACCGGCCGAGGGAGAGGAGGUGGCAGCCGAAGCAGACGAGGCAUCAGCAUCCGCAGCGUCAAUGGCGGCCAAGAAGAAGUCGAAGGCGAACACACCCUCGGGUGGCACUGCGCCAACAAAGGGCCUUUCUGAGAUGUCUCUCGAUGACUUCGACUCCCUCCUCUCCUCGCAGCCACACAUGAAGGCAGGCGGGGGCUCGGGUUCUGCGACAGGUUCUGCCGCUCCCUCGACAUCCGCUGCUGCUGGUGGUCCAUCCUCCCUUCGCUCCUCACUCACACUCAACCCUUCGAACCUCGACCCAAGCAUCGAGCUCAAGCGUCAGUUCGGCUCCGCAGCGAUCAAAGCUUUCGAGGCUUCCAAUGCCGGGACGGACGGCGAGGGGGGCACAGGAGGCGCAGGAGCGCAACGCGCUGCCCGAGGAGCCAAGGCAAGGAUGAUGGCUCGCAACCCCAACCUCAAGGCACGAAGCGUCCUCGUCCAGCCGAGGGAAGACUGGCCACCUAUUGCGAGGACCUUCACAGGCAUUCAAGGCGAGCUGAUCGACGAUGAGGACAGCGGGGAGAAGAUGGCCACCUGGACACACAGCAAAGCCUACCGGACCGCUCAAUACGAGUUCCAAGCAGCGGUAGCCACCUAUGACCCGAACAGCAUCUACGCCCUAUUCCGCCCUUACCCCUGGCAUAUCCACUUGCUCAGCUCUUUGAGCGACAUAGCGAAGCAUCAGGGUGAUCUAGCCCAGGCUGCAGACUGGAAUGCGCGCAUCCUCUUUGCCUUUGAGCGCACCGCUGCGACGCAGUGGGUUGGCUCCUUGACCAGCGGUGGUGCCGCAGGCGGGCCGAUGCGGGUGGACUUUGACAAGGUGGAGAAUCGAGCACUCUGGUUGGCAGUGCAUCGUAAUGUGGGAUUCUUGGGGAGGAGAGGGACUUGGAGGACGGCGCUUGAGUGGAGCAAGCUGCUCCUCGCUCUGGAGCCUGAGAGGGACCCGCACGGCGCACUGCUCUGGAUUGACUUCUUGGCGGUCAAGUCUAGUCAGCACCAGUGGCUUGUCGAUGACUUCCUGCCGGCGCUGCGCAAGAAGGGCAAAGGCAAGGAGGGCAGCAAUGCCGACUGGCUCGGUGGACUGGCCUUCGCCGAGGCUCUCGCUGUGCGCGCAAUGGAGGCUGACGAGAAGCAAGGCAAGAAGAAGUCAGGAUCCGCCACCUCACUGCGCUCCUCCUCAUCGCCCAGCUCAACCGACCUACUCAAGCGCGCCAUCCACUCGCACUCCUACAUGUUAUCCGCUCUCGCCUCCAAGACUGCCCUCCCUCCCCUUUCACCCAAGCUGGGAGUGCAGGAUCCCAACGACGUACAGGAGAUCCUCGCCCAGCUAUACGCGCUACGCAGCGAGUCUCUCUGGAAAGACGCCGACAACAGGGAUUGGCUGCAAGAGACGCUCAAGAGUGUCGAGAGCGAAGGUGGAAUCAAGGCUUCAGACAGCGGUGCGGCGAGACCGACAGAGGAGCAGGUCGAGGGGGUCUACCGCCACGUUAUUGCGUCGGAUCUGCCUGACGCUUUGCGGACUCAGCUACUCUCCUGCCUUCCGCGCUCCAUCGCCAAGGACGAAGCGAACCUCAAUGCUCAUGACCCUUUGCCGCCAUCCAAACUUCGAGGCGCGGCGGUGACGAGGGUGGAUGAGGAGUAUUUUGCGCCCUUGUUCGGGCAGGGACGAACACAACGAGGCACUGCAGCCGGGCAGAGAGGCGGCACAGAGGACGACGUGGAGAUGGGCGAGGGGAUCAUGGGUCGCCUGGCGGCUUUUGCUGCUGGUAGGCUGCGAGGAUGGUUUCAGCAGCAGCAGCAGCAAGGCGGUCAGGCUGCCGGAGAGGGUGAUGCAGCGCAGCAAGAUGGUGGUGAUCCCGCUGAACUGCAGGACGCUCUCAUGGCUGCGCUGGGAUCACUGCCUGAGGCUGAGCGUGAGGCGAUGCGACGGAUCAUUACGGAAGGGGCUGAGCAGGAGGGAGCGGCUGGUGAGGAGAACGAGGACGACGAAGAUGAUGCGGAGGAGUAUGAAGAAGUGCUCGACUCCGAGGAAGAGACGUUCGAGCAGCAGGGCGGAAAUAGGGCUUGAGUGUCUUUGAGCAUUAUAGAGUGCAAUGUAUCAUCAUCAUCAACCCCCUC